GUCCGGGUUCGCUUGCCUCGUCAGCGUCCGCGUUUUUCCUGGCCCCCCCCAACCCCCCCGGACAGGACCCCCUUGAGCUCGUCCCUCGGCUGCCACCAUGAGCGACCAAGAUCACUCCAUGGAUGAAAUGACAGCUGUGGUGAAGAUUGAAAAAGGAGUUGGUGGCAAUAAUGGGGGCAAUGGUAAUGGUGGUGGUGCCUUUUCUCAGGCUCGAAGCAGCAGCACAGGCAGUAGCAGCAGCGGUGGAGGAGGAGGAGGGCAGGAAUCCCAGCCAUCCCCUUUGGCCCUGCUGGCAGCAACUUGCAGCAGAAUUGAGUCACCCAAUGAAAACAGCAACAACUCCCAGGGCCCAAACCAGUCAGGGGGCACAGGUGAGCUUGACCUCACAGCCACACAACUUUCCCAGGGUGCCAAUGGCUGGCAGAUCAUCUCUUCCUCCUCUGGGGCUACCCCUACCUCGAAGGAACAGAGUGGCAGCAGUACCAAUGGCAACAAUGGCAGUGAGUCUUCCAAGAAUCGCACGGUCUCUGGUGGGCAGUAUGUUGUGGCUGCCACCUCCAACCUACAGAACCAGCAAGUCCUGACAGGACUGCCUGGAGUGAUGCCUAACAUUCAGUAUCAAGUAAUCCCACAGUUCCAGACCGUUGAUGGGCAACAGCUGCAAUUUGCUGCCACUGGCGCCCAAGUGCAGCAGGAUGGUUCAGGUCAGAUACAGAUCAUACCAGGUGCAAACCAACAGAUCAUCACAAAUCGAGGAAGUGGAGGCAACAUCAUUGCUGCUAUGCCAAACCUACUCCAGCAGGCUGUCCCCCUCCAAGGCCUGGCUAAUAAUGUACUCUCAGGACAGACUCAGUAUGUGACCAAUGUACCAGUGGCCCUGAAUGGGAAUAUUACCUUGCUACCUGUCAACAGCGUUUCUGCAGCUACUUUGACUCCUAGCUCUCAGGCAGUCACGAUCAGCAGCUCUGGAUCCCAGGAGAGUGGCUCACAGCCUGUCACCUCAGGGACUGCCAUCAGUUCUGCCAGUUUGGUAUCAUCACAAGCCAGUUCCAGCUCCUUUUUCACCAAUGCCAAUAGCUACUCAACAACUACUACCACCAGCAACAUGGGAAUUAUGAACUUUACCACCAGCGGAUCAGCAGGGACCAACUCUCAAAGCCAGACACCACAGAGGGUCAGUGGGCUGCAGGGAUCUGAUGCUCUGAACAUCCAGCAGAACCAGACAUCUGGAGGCUCACUGCAAGCAAGUCAACAAAAAGAGGGAGAGCAAAACCAGCAGACGCAGCAACAACAACAACAAAUUCUCAUCCAGCCUCAACUAGUUCAAGGGGGACAGGCCCUCCAGGCCCUCCAAACAGCCCCACUGUCAGGGCAGACCUUUACAACUCAAGCUAUCUCCCAGGAAACCCUCCAGAACCUUCAGCUUCAGGCAGUUCCAAACUCUGGCCCUAUCAUCAUCCGGACACCAACAGUGGGGCCCAAUGGACAGGUCAGUUGGCAGACUCUUCAGCUGCAGAACCUCCAAGUUCAGAACCCACAGGCCCAGACAAUCACCUUGGCCCCAAUGCAGGGUGUUUCCUUGGGGCAGACCAGCAGCAGCAGUACCACCCUUACACCUAUUGCCUCAGCUGCCUCCAUCCCUGCCGGCACAGUCACUGUGAAUGCUGCUCAACUCUCCUCCAUGCCUGGCCUCCAGACCAUUAACCUCAGUGCAUUGGGUGCUUCAGGAAUCCAGGUGCACCAGCUUCCAAGCCUGCCCUUGGCUAUAGCAAAUGCCUCAGGUGAUCAUGGAGCUCAGCUUGGCCUCCAUGGGGCUGGUGGUGAUGGAAUACAUGAUGACCCAACAGGAGGAGAGGAAGGAGAGAACAGCCCAGAUCCCCAACCCCAAGCUGGUCGGAGGACCCGGCGGGAAGCAUGCACCUGCCCCUACUGUAAAGAUAGUGAAGGAAGGGGCUCUGGGGAUCCUGGCAAGAAGAAGCAGCACAUUUGCCAUAUGCAAGGCUGUGGCAAAGUAUAUGGCAAAACCUCACACCUACGGGCACACUUGCGCUGGCAUACAGGCGAGAGACCAUUCAUGUGUACCUGGUCAUACUGUGGGAAGCGCUUCACACGUUCAGACGAGUUACAGAGGCACAAACGCACACACACAGGUGAGAAGAAAUUUGCCUGCCCUGAGUGUCCCAAGCGCUUCAUGAGGAGUGACCACCUGUCAAAGCAUAUUAAGACCCACCAGAAUAAGAAGGGAGGCCCAGGUGUAGCCCUAAGUGUGGGCACUUUGCCCCUGGACAGUGGGGCUGGUUCAGAAGGCAGCGGCACUGCCACCCCUUCAGCCCUCAUUACCACCAACAUGGUAGCCAUGGAGGCCAUCUGUCCAGAGGGUAUUGCCCGUCUUGCCAACAGUGGCAUCAACGUCAUGCAGGUGGCAGAUCUGCAGUCCAUUAAUAUCAGUGGCAAUGGCUUCUGAGAUCAGGCACCCGGGGCCAGAGACAUAUGGGCCAUACCCAUCAACCCUGGGAUGCAAGGUAGCAUGGGUCCAAGAGACAUGUGGGAGAGAGAGCCAUGAGGCAUUAAAAAUGCAUGGUGGUGGGAAGAAUUGGGGGAGGGAUACAAGAGAAGAGAUGGGGUCCUGGUAUCCACCUGUAUCAUCAGUACCUCCUUGAAGUGGGAAACAUUAGUGAAAAUUCUGUUGGUGCCACCCUUUGAUGAGCAUUUGUUUGACCCCAGUUUCUUAACACUUCUUACCCCAGCCUCCACUUCCUGCAUUUCCCUUCUCAGCUCCCCCAUGAUGGAUCCCCCCCGUUUCCUAAAGCCAUCAUGCCUUGAUAAAUAUAUAUGAUCAUUGAAAUACUUUUUAACAAAAAACAGAUUCUAUAUUAUAUAUAUAUAUAUAUAUAUAUAAAAGAUAUAUAGAGAUGCAUUUGCAGGGGUUGGCUGGGAGGAGGAAGGAGACCAUUCUGUGACCAAAAUAACUUGGUCAUUUUUUUUUUUAUAUUGCCUUAUUUCCUUAUGGCUGAGCCUUGUUGUGACACAUCACGAUUUUCUAUAGAUGUUGUCUUGGCUUCCCACCAGAUUAAGCAUUUAUAUGCUCUGCUUUUAGUUUAUAUAUACAUACAUAAUGUUUUCCUUUCUUAAUUUUGUCUUUUAAUUUGGGAUCAGCUUCUUGCACUCCUUCCUUGACUCAACCAUUUCUGUCUCCCCUUCUCUCACCUGAUCACUUCAUGCUUUGUUUUUGGUAGUGGUCCCUGGAUGAGGCACUUCUGUCAUUCUUUUAAAGUCCUUAGUCCCAGCAGCAGAAUAGAGAAGCCUUGAAGCUCAGGCGAAUGCUUGAGGUAGCUGUGAAGAGAGUGUUCAAAAUACUACUGACGCAGGCACCCUCUUGGCGCUGGAGAGUCAAAGGCACCUCUCUCUUCAUUAGCUGCUCUAAGCAUCAAGAAUCAGAAGUCCUUCUGUGGAAUUGUACAAGAGACCCUUUGAAGGUUAUAAUCUGGGAUCAGUUUAUAUAAACUGAAAAGAUGGUCAAAUAAUAGGUAGGGACUUUCAAUAGGUAAAUGAUGUGCUCAGAAGCGGAAGUGACUCAAGUAGUCCAGUUCAGAGGUUAGUGGAUUAUUUGGACCUUGUACAACUGUCUUCCAAGGUAGCUCUCAGCUUUGAUGUGUGGGCUUCUGAGUUCACAUUCUGAAAGGAAAUACACUUCCUCUUUUGAACAUCCCCAGUAGUUUCUUUCCCAUUAUGUUAUUAAGGAGCAUCAGCCAAUGAACCUGUUCUGGGUUUCCAUUCUGCAAAACUCCAGAGCAUGGACCAGUGGCAAGGCAGUGGUUCUUUGAUCUUUUCCCUUAACUCUUCCUUGGGUGGUUCCUAAGGGGAAAGGAAGCACACACCAUCAUGGGAAUGAUAGCCCAGAACAAAAAGAAAUCUUGUCUUACCACUGUGGUUUAUAGGAGAGAUCAGGAAAAAUCAUCCUGCUUUCUCCGUGGCCUGAUUGCUGAAGAGACUGAUCCAAAAAUUAUAGCGGCAGGGAACUCUUAGUGCACUUGGCACUGAGAUUUAAAUGCAACCAGAGUUGUCCUCAAGGCCCAGCCAUUAAAACAUUGUCUCUCUCGACCUUCUGGUAUCUUGUCAGAGAGCUUUUCACUGUGAGGAAGUGUGGAAAUGGCUGUGUGUAUGUGUGUAAUCUGUUAGGUUGGGGAUAGGUUUUCUGUUAGCCAAUACUAUAAGAGACCUGCAAUAAAAAAAUUACCCUAAUCUGAUAGAAAGUGAAGUGUUUGUGUAUGACUGUGUGUGAAUGUGUGUUUGUGCCUGUAUAUAUCUACACGCAGAUGAGAAAUUAAUAUUUGAAAUUGUUGGAAAAUAAAUUCAGAUCAAAUGCCUUUCAGGCCCAUUACCUAGAAAUCUAUCUUAAAACCUGGGUAUGUUCCUGAGGUCAUUUCUUUGCUUUUGCUAAAUUAGUUACAAUUAUGAAUGGGGGAUAUUCUACUGCACUUUUAAAAGAAGAAACUAUUUUUGUGUUUGAAAGUGAAACCAACAUCCAGAUCUAUAGCAGAGUCCUAGUUCCUUUCAUGAAUCUAUUUACCUUGACUACAAACAGAUGAUGCUAUAAUUCUACUAUAUAUUUUAUAUAAAAUCUAUCCAAAUUAGGGUUUGGGUAAGUUUGUGUUGUUGUUUAACCUGAAAUACAAUAACUUAAUAUUCUAAACAAAAGUUUACUCCAUUUGAUCUUUUCUCUGCAGACUUAAUACUGUUUUUAACACAGGAAGUAUUGCAAGGAACUUUUCCCCAGAUCAAAUUCUAUUAAUACUGAAGUAGAAGUUAUCCAUGCCCAGCCUCUUAUCGCACCCUUUGUUCCCUCUGAAAGGCAGAACUCAGAACCUGUUAUUUUAUGUGUGUAAUCAUGUUCAUAGGCAUCUUCUGGAGGAAAGGGGCAGGAUAACUCACUGAAGUGUGUAGUAUUUCGCUAGAGCAUUUCAAGGAAUGGAAUCUUCCCCAGUAUGAAGUUACUAGAUAUAAACUAGCUUAAUGAUGCUGAAGCCUACAAGCUUUUAGAAGGUUAUUUGAUGUUUUUCUCUGGAAUGGAAUGCUGGUUUACCCUCAACUCCAUUCAUUAGCAUGAGUGAAUUUAUAUCCAGUUCUUUCCACUUGCCCUAUUUCCUUCUCACCAAGGAAGCUCCGGAUCCAGUGUCUCGUUUGGCCCUAAAACUGAAGCAGCUUCUGCUUUUGUCUCCCAGCAGCAGUAAAUCACUGAGUCUUUUCCACAGGAAGUUAGGAGCCCACAUUCCUUGAGUCAGGAGUUUAUUGAUGAAAGUCCCUUUCCCUGAACUUUUUGCCAGAAGAAAUUAAUGUAACUGACAGGCUAUUCUAAAUUUUUUUCAAGAGUUGCUUUUUUAUUUAACUUUUCAAUGACCAAACCUUGUGGGGUGGGGGGUGCCCAGAGAAGUGGUAAUAUUAUUCCUUUGUCCAUUCAUGUUGCCCAGUCACAUUUAUCUGCUUAUCAUUUGACUGUCUGACUUUUUACCCAGAGCAGUAACAACCCACACCAUCUUCCUUCAGGGACUUCCCAGCUGGCACCCUGUUUGUGGGUGCUAUGCAGAAUGCAAUUUAACAGACAUUUCUCAGAGUUCAGAAUAGAUAGAACUCUUGAUCCCAGAAAGUAUAGACUGAAGUGUGGGGUAAAGAUUAUGAUUGGGGGAGGGUUAGAGACAAAGGCUGUAAAUGACUAUGGCUGAUUGAUUUUAUUUCUACUAUAUACAUAUAUAUAUUUUUUGCUUUUGUAUAUCCUAUAUAGGAAACUAAGCAUUGUAUUUUUUUAACAAAUCUGAGAAAGCACUAUGAACUGCAGAUGUUUGACUUCAGAAUAUAUUUUGUAUUGUUAAUAUCUUCGCAUUGUGUGAAUACUGGAAGCUGCAGAUCUUUGCUAGGACGCAAUAAAUUUAUAUACCUUU